GAUCAUUCCACUUCCAAAACCCACACCAUGCCAAUGUCAGAAUACAAACGCAAACGAGAUGCCUGCCGCAUAAGAGUAUUAGACAAAUACGAAAUCAUAGGGUUUAUCAGCUCUGGAACGUACGGUCGUGUCUAUAAAGCUCGAUCGCGAGACAGCAACGAUCCACGAGAAUUCGCUAUAAAGAAAUUCAAACCAGAUCGUGAAGGCGAUACCCACCAUUAUGUUGGAAUAUCUCAAUCUGCCUGUCGAGAGAUAGCUUUAUGCAGAGAACUUCGGCAAGAGAACAUCGUAGGAUUGGAAGAAGUACUGCUGGAGGAUAAGGCUAUAUAUAUGGUCUUUGAAUAUGCUGAGCACGAUUUCCUGCAAAUUAUACACCAUCAUUUGCAUACAGAACGGAAACCGAUUCCAGAAGUUGUUGUCAAGUCCUUUUUAUGGCAAUUGUUGAACGGAGUGGCCUAUUUGCAUGCCAAUUGGGUGUUACACCGUGAUCUGAAGCCAGCAAACGUGCUACUAACAAGAGAUGGGAUUGUGAAGACUGGCGAUCUUGGUUUAGCGCGGCUCUUCAAUCGUCCGCUCCAGCCAUUGUUUAAUGGCGACAAGGUUGUGGUCACAAUAUGGUAUCGUGCACCAGAACUAUUACUUGGUUCCCGUCAUUAUACAAAAGCAGUGGAUAUGUGGGCAGUGGGCUGUAUAUUCGGUGAACUUUUAGCCCUCAAGCCUAUAUUUAAAGGAGAAGAGGCCAAAAUGGAUAGCAAGAAGAAUGUACCAUUUCAAAAGAGCCAGCUGACCAAGAUAUUUGAAACGCUAGGAACACCUACCAAGGAGAGAUGGCCUGCCAUAGACCAGUUACCUGAUUAUGCACAUCUUAGCUCAUUUGUACAAUAUCCUAACCAGCUCAAAAGUGUAUAUCAACUCAUGCCUGGCGCCAAAAGUGAAGCUGGCUUCAACUUACUUUCUGCUUUACUUGAGUACGAUAUUGAAAAACGAAUCAGCGCUGAUGAUGCAUUAAAUCACCCAUAUUUUCAAGAAGAACCAAAACCUGUGAUGAAUGUUUUGGCACAACAGGGUAUAGAAUACCCUCUCAGGAGAGUUACCUCAGACGAUAUUGACAUUAAAUCUGCAAAACCUGGACAGGCAGCAAAGGAUGAUGCAUCUGGUCGAGCUGCUAAGAAGGCACGAAACUAAACAUAACACCACCAGUAUACCAAUCAUGUAAUUAAAUGGCCAUCGUUGUAAUUUUAUUCAACUGCAGUUGCAAUUUUUGCUAAGCAAUCAAAAAAGCCAGUCUUUUAAUUUUCUUAAGUUGUGGUGCUUGUCGUCGAUAUGAAUAUUGGUUUAGGUCGGGUGAACGCAUUUACUCGUUUUGAGAUACGUUGACGAUAUAGUAUGGUAGUGCAGCCUGU